AUGCAGUGCCGCUGUGAAAAUGUACGUCAUAAUUCCAGCACUCACAAAAUAAUACAUUUUACUAGAAUUGAUAAUGAUAAAGUUGCCUUUUUCAUCCAUACAAUGCUAACUGAAUAUCCGAAAGUAGUGGUCUUCGAUUUAGAUUAUACGCUAUGGCCGUUCUGGUGUGACACUCACGUCUAUAUGCCUAUCAAGCCUCUCAACAAACACGAAGCUAUCGAUCGACUGGGAACGAAACUCUCUUUAUUUCCAGAUGUUGGAUCUAUUGUUAAAGAAUUGCAUCAGAAUGGAGUAACUUUAGUGGCUGCUAGUAGAACUGCAACUCCAAGAGUAGCUCAGGAACUCUUGUCAAUUUUCCAUGUAGAUGAUCAACCAAUCAUAAAAUACUUCCUGUCAUUGCAAUGGGGACAAGGUUCAAAAAUUCAUCAUAUAAGAAGAGCUGCCAAACAGUUGAAUUUGGAAGCAGAAUUGGAGGAAGGUGAGUUUAUUCUUUUCGAUGAUGAAGGUAGAAAUAGAGAUGUAGAAAAGAUAAAUUGUAAAUUUGAGUAUCUUAUUAAUGAAAGAUUGGAUCGUGAGGAUUUCGAAAGGGGAAUUCGUGCCUGGGCAUCUUGGAAGAAAGAACUUUAA